ACGGAACCUUUGCAUUAAAAAUGAAAAUCUUCUACGCAUUCGUUCUGCUUUUUGCAAUAUUUAAGCUCAUUGACGCUUAUGAGGAGUAUCGCAGAGUUUGUCUGAACAACGAAGUUGAUGUCGGAAUUCGAAAGACACCAUGGGAAAAUUUUGCUACACAUACUUGUAUCUCUGGACCUCUAACUCGGACAUGUGUAAUCGUCGAUGCCAGAAAUGGGUUUACCUGUACAGGCGAACGUCAUUUACAGGGAGGCCUGCCGUAUCAAAAAAGUUUAUGUUGCGACCGGAAAUUUCAUCGACUCGUGCUAUGUAGGAUUUCGCAGCUAUUUUCUUUUCGUGAUGGUUUCAAUAUACAGCUUGGUACAAAAGUGAUAAAAAGUGUCAUACCAAACCCAAUUCCAAGUGACCAAACAGCAUUUCGAGUUGAAAUCUGCAACCUUCUCCAAACUAGAUAUGGAGCCUACUAAUGUGAAAUUUUCUAUAGAUGAAAGUACCUGUAUGAUAUACAUGUACCCUUAUUUUUCAUUGGACAGAAAUUAUUUUUAUC